CCGCAAAAGGGAGAUAUGACGGAGUACGAUGAUCGCAGCAGCUGCGCGUCAAAUAUGUAUUUGCCGAGUUGCACGUAUUAUGUAUCAGCGCCCGAUUUUUCGUCGGUCUCGUCGUUUUUACCGCAGACUACGUCGUGUCAAGUUAAUUUUCCUUAUUCUUCCAACAUAGCUCAAGUCCAACCUGUUCGAGAAGUGUCUUUCAGGGACUAUGGACUGGAUCACCCGAGCAAAUGGCAUUACAGGGGCAAUUAUGCUUCCUACUACUCGUCGGACGAGAUAAUGCACCGAGAUCUAAUCCAGUCAUCAAACAGAGCGGAAAUGCUAUUUAAAAACGAUUCGUUGUACAGCCACCACAGCGGCACCAACUCGUCCUGCAGUUUCUUCACGAAUGUCGGCAGGAACGGUGUACUUCCUCAAGGAUUUGACCAGUUUUUUGAGUCUGCUAACUCUGAGAAGCCCAGCCCUGAACACUCCAAACAAAAGACAGAGUCCAGUGUCCCCGGAGAUGCCGCAUGUAAUAAACAGUCUUCAGAUACCUCAGAGGAGUCGAAACAAGACCUAACCGAGAACACAGAGGAGGAAUCUUCAAUAUCAAACUGCGGGGAUGACAAGAACAACGGCUCAAGUGCAUCUAAGUCCAGGAAAAAGAGAUGUCCCUAUUCCAAGUACCAGAUCCGAGAACUUGAACGAGAAUUCUUUUUCAAUGUGUACAUCAACAAGGAGAAACGCCUACAACUGUCGAGAAUGCUUAACCUUACAGACCGGCAAGUGAAGAUUUGGUUCCAGAAUCGACGAAUGAAGGAGAAAAAACUCAACCGAGAUCGGCUUCAGUAUUUUACUGGAAACCCCUUGUUCUGAGUUAAAACUACUCCAGACGCAACGGCAGACUCAUGCUCAUGACCUCCAUUAUAAUGCCACCAGUAUAGGUGUUGUUGGGAGGCUCCAGUCGUUUGAAAGGAAAGAUAGCCUUUUGCAACCUUAAACCCAAUGCUGUCAACAGGCCGGACUGAUGUGUUUCUUAAAACUAUGCAACGCCUUUGGUAUCACAGUCGUGAAUACAAUACCUCAAACAAGGGAAAUUAUUUAAGACAUUUGUAAAGUCGACGUAUGCAUUAUUCAGUUGAGUGAAAGCAUCCAGGGCAUCUCGACAAUCUUUUUUCGUACUUUCUCAUUUAAUGGUGAAUGCCACUGAAAUGUAACCCUCUUGUAUCAAUCGUAUUUAUUUAUUUCAUUUUAAAUGGCUGUUUCAUUGUGAUACCCACCUCAUGAGUAUUGCAGUACGCAACAGAUACUUUGAUUACAGUAAUCAACACGUAAUUUCAUAAUAGUGGAAUUAUGUAUGCAUUAGU